AUGCUGUCCACCAUCGUCUUCUCACUUGCUGUGCUGACAUGCCUCUUUUCGCUGAUCAGUUGGGCUAUUACCGCAGACCUUAUCCCGUUCUACCAGGCGUACGAUCAUCUUGCGUACUUCUACUAUGGCUACGGUUCUGGAUACGGCAAACGAGACGGACGGAGUGGACCACUCGCAGUCAGUGCCGUCGAGUUGGUCAUUGCACUAUUUAUUUUCCUCCUCACCCCAGCUCUGGCCUUUUUUGCAUGGCGCGAGAGGCAGAGCGCAGGCAUCAUUCCACGGUGGCUCAAUCUCAGCGUUCUUGGAUUGAGCGCGGUUGGAUUCAUCGUCGCCAUUGCACAGUUUGGAGUGUUCAGCCACGAAGGCAUCCUGAUUGGGGAGGUCGCAGGCCAGGCAGCCAUGUUCUUCCUGACCACGCUACUCGGAAUCUCGGCUACGAUCUUGCCUUACCUCCCCGCAUCGUUGAUCGAGAGGAUCAAGCAGACAGAGAGCCAGCAUACUAACGCCACUCAAAUGUCAGAGGUGGCACCCAAAUCCACUGACGUCGAGGCUGGCACUGUUACGCCCAACGCACCCGGUGCACCCGCUAAUGCAUAG